AUGAGACUGGCUUACUUUCUUCGAGGAAAACUUCUUAAAUCAGCUCAAAUGCCGGUCAACAAGAUCAACAAAAUACCCCGCCACAAGAGAAAAAAGGGCUAA